AUGUCUGGUGGACGAGGGUAUUCAUUUAAUCAAGAUUCAUUUGAUGAACUAGACUCAUCUUUAGAUAGAGCGUUGCACAGUGCAUCCAAUACGUUGUUCCCUGCUUAUAAUGCCAGUGGUACGAGUUUGAGCGGUGCUCAACCUACGAGGUCUUCUUCACAGGGGUCCAUGAAUGGUGGAGGGAUACCUUUGAACACAUUACGAGACUCAAUGGGAAGACGAGAUGAUGAUGAAGGUGAUGGUGACAACGACAGUUCUCCAUUGAUCAGUAAGAAGCUUCGAAUGUCAUCUCCUGUUAAUAGAUUUGGUGGUGGUGGUAGUGGAGGCAAUGGGUUAUUGUCUAAUAAUAGUGGUGUUGGAGGCAGAGAUGAUAUACAUUAUAUUAGUUCUUCUGCUAACAGACGUCAAACAAGUAUAUCUGUGGCGUCCAAAGAACUUUUCAGCAAAUCAAUUAAUUUCUUUCAAAAUGCUAAACGAGAGUUGAAAAAGGACAGACUUCGUUUGGGUAGUAGUGGAAUAAAUAAUGGGGUCAUUGGUAAUACUGUUAGUGAAGAUUUAUUACAAAUUAACUCUGACACUACUUCAUCAUUGGCUACUGAUAGAUACAUUUCACCACGAAACAAUAGCUCCAAAGACUAUCCAUCAAAUGCAGUGUCUAACGCCAAAUAUAACCCCUUCACAUUCAUUCCAAUCAUUCUAUAUGAACAAUUUAAGUUCUUUUUCAAUAUGUAUUUUCUUUUGGUGGCCCUAUCUCAAGCAAUACCGCAAUUAAGAAUCGGAUAUCUUUCAUCAUAUGUGGUACCCUUGGUAUUUGUCUUGACAGUGACGAUGAUGAAAGAAGCAAAUGAUGAUAUAAAAAGAAGAAGGAGAGACAGAGAUCAAAAUAACGAACUCUUUGAGGUCCUAAAUAGAGUAGCUUCAAUUAGUGGUGAAUCUACUUUAGUUGCUUCGAAAGAUUUAAAAGUAGGAGAUUUGGUUCGUUUACAUAAAGAUACCAGAGUCCCGGCAGAUAUGGUUUUAUUACAAACCUCAGAUGGUACUGGAGAAGCUUUCAUCAAAACUGACCAAUUAGAUGGGGAAACUGAUUGGAAAUUAAGAGUGGCUCCUGCAGCAACCCAGAAGCUUAGUAAUGUACUGAGCUUCACUAAUCGUAUUUCUUUAAUAGUUGGUUCUCCAACCAAAUCUAUUCAUCAAUUCCAAGGUAAAUUGGUGUAUCAUCCCAAUCAAGUUGCAGGAUCAACAUCUCUGGUUUCAGAAUCAAAUGAAACAUUCCCAUUAACUGUGGAUCAAACUUUAUGGGCUAAUACAAUGCUUGCAUCAGGAAGUGCUAUUGGGAUGGUGGUAUAUACAGGGAUUGAAACAAGACAACAAUUGAACACAACAAUGACUGGAGUUAAAACAGGACUUUUAGAAUUUGAAAUCAAUAGAUUAUCCAAAAUUCUAUGUGUGACUGUCUUUGUUUUAUCUGUUAUAUUAGUUCUUGCUAACGGGUUCCCUUUAAAAUCUGGUUGGUAUAUUGAUGUGUUCCGCUUCUUGGUUUUAUUUUCUACAAUUAUUCCUGUGUCCCUUCGAGUCAAUUUAGAUUUGGCCAAAUCAGUUUAUGCAUCACAGAUACAAAAUGAUAAGGAGAUUCCUGAUACAAUUGUACGGACAUCUACUAUACCUGAAGACUUGGGUCGUAUUGAAUAUUUAUUGAGUGAUAAAACAGGAACAUUAACUCAAAAUGAUAUGGAAAUGAAGAAAUUACAUUUGGGAACUGUCAGCUAUGCCGGUGAAUCAUUGGAUAUGGUUACAGAUUAUGUCACACACAUGCUUCAAAAGCCGGAGUUUACUCAACCUUCAAAUGCUUCUUCCAAUACAACUAAAAAGAAGGACUUGAGUACCAAAGUUUGUGAUAUCAUUCAGACUUUGGCUUUAUGUCAUAACGUUACUCCAGUGUAUGAUGAAGAAGAUGGGUUAAUGCUUGAAAGUGUCACUUAUCAAGCAGCUUCACCUGAUGAAAUAGCAAUUGUCAAAUUUACAGAACUUGUGGGCUUAAGAUUGUUCAAACGUGAUAGAGCAUCCAUUUCAUUACUUCACCAAGCUUCUCAACGUCAAUUAGACUAUGAAAUUCUCUAUAUUUUCCCAUUCAAUUCAGACACCAAGAGAAUGGGGAUCAUUGUUCGAGAUGCUCAAACACAAGAGCUUUGGUUCAUGCAAAAGGGAGCUGAUACUGUGAUGUCACGAAUUGUCAGCAAUAAUGAUUGGCUAGAUGAGGAAACAGGAAAUAUGGCAAGAGAGGGUUUAAGAACGUUAGUAAUUGGAAGAAAGAAGUUGAAUGAAAACUUAUAUUUGGAUUUUGUUGAACAGUAUAAACAGGCAUCAUUAGCAAUGCAAAACAGAGAAGCAUCUAUGCAAAGAGUCAUUUCCCAUUAUUUAGAACAGGAUUUGGAGUUAUUGGGUCUUACAGGAGUUGAGGACAAAUUACAAAAUGAUGUUAAAACCUCCAUUGAGUUAUUACGUAAUGCUGGUGUCAAGAUUUGGAUGCUAACCGGUGAUAAGGUGGAGACUGCCAAAUGUGUAUCCAUUAGUGCUAGAUUAAUUCUGAGAGGACAAUAUGUUCAUGAAAUUACCAAGGUAAAUCAUCCUGAGGGAGCAAUGUCUCAUUUAGAGUAUUUGCAGACGGACUUGAAUUCUUGCUUAUUGAUCGAUGGAGAAUCUUUGUUUACUUAUAUGAAACAUUAUCGGAAUGAAUUCUUUAAUAUUGUGGUUGGGUUACCUGCAGUUAUCGCUUGUCGUUGCACUCCACAGCAAAAGGCAGAUGUUGCCUUAAUGAUUCGGGAAUUCACUGGGAAACGGGUUUGUUGUAUUGGAGAUGGAGGUAAUGAUGUGAGUAUGAUUCAAUGUGCUGAUGUUGGUGUUGGUAUUGUUGGAAAGGAAGGGAAACAAGCAUCUUUGGCAGCUGACUUUUCUAUUGAUCAAUUUUGUUAUUUAUCCAAGCUACUUUUGUGGCAUGGAAGAAACUCUUAUAAGAGAUCAGCCAAGCUAAGUCAGUUUAUUAUUCAUAGGGGGUUAUUAAUUAGUGUUGCUCAAGCAGUUUAUUCGAUCCUGUCUCAGUUUGAACCCUUGGCUUUAUAUCAAGGUUGGCUUAUGGUUGGAUACUCUACUUUAUACACUAUGGCACCUGUUUUCCUGUUGACUUUGGACUGUGACAUCGAUGAACAUUUGACUCGAUUAUAUCCUGAAUUAUACAAAGAGUUGACAUUAGGAAAAUCUUUGAGUUAUCGAACGUUCUUUAUGUGGACGUUUAUAUCUCUUUUCCAAGGUUCAGUGAUUCAAUUAUUGGCUCAAAAGUUCCAAGGUAUAGAGUUGAACAAUUUCACUAAAAUGGUGAGUUUAUCGUAUCUGAACUUAAUAUUGAAUGAAUUGGCAAUGGUGGUCAUUUCAAUUAGCAAAUGGAAUAGAACAAUGGUCAGUACAAUCGUGGCUACAUUGUUAGCUUAUAUUAUUCUGAUUCCUAUUCUACCUGAUUACUUUGAUUUGGACUAUGUGUCUUCAUUUUCAUUUGUCUGGCAAGUGGUUCUUACUAUAUCGCUCAGUUUAUUCCCUGUUUGGUUGUCUCAAUAUAUCAAUCGGAAGUUGCGUCCUCCUAAUUAUGCUAAAGUACAACAGUCUUAG